AUGGCGGCGAGCCACGGCGCGGGGACGCUCAAGUCCACCUCCAUCAACGGGGUCAAGCUCUACUCGUUCACCGGCAGCCGCUAUGUCGCCCCCUGGGUCGUCGCCAAGAAGAAGCGCGCCCUCCGCAAGGACAAAGAGUAUCAGCGGAGGUUGGAUUUGAUCCAUGACCUGAGGUUCGAGACCGCCACCACCAAGAUCAAGCUGACGCCCGAUGGCCAGUACGUGAUCGCCUCAGGUAUUUACCCCCCGCAAGUUAAAGUCUAUGAGUUGAAGGAAUUGUCGAUGAAGUUCGAGCGGCACUUGAUCUCAGAAAUUGUAACUUUCCAGAUCCUUGGUGAUGACUAUUCAAAACUUGCGUUUUUGUGUGCUGACCGUUCUGUAAAUUUGCACGCCAAGUAUGGAAGCCAUUAUAGCUUGAGAAUUCCAAGAAUGGGAAGGGACAUGGCCUACGAUUGUUUGUCCUGCGACUUGCUAUGUGCUGCUUCAUCACCAGAUCUGUACAGGAUCAACUUAGAGCAGGGACGAUUCCUUGCUUCUCUUUCCUCCCAAUCACCAGCAAUAAAUGCUGUUACACGAAGUAAGAUCCAUGGGCUUGUUGCUUGUGGUGGUGAGGAUGGUGCGGUUGAGUGCUUUGAUAUGCGGAAAAAAACUUCUGUUGGCAGAAUUAAUAUUCCAGCUGUUUCUUCUGAAGAUUAUUAUCAGGAGGUCACGUCUUUGCAAUUUGAUGAAGAUCAGGGAUACCUUAUGGCAGUUGGGACCAGUACAGGAAAGAUAUCAAUAUAUGAUUUACGCAUGUCUUCUCCUCUGCGAGUUAAGGAUCACAUGUAUGGUAGCCCAAUAUUAAAUAUCAAGUGGCACCAGACACUUAAUUCUACUGAACCUAAACUGAUCACUGCUGAUAAGCACAUAGUGAGAGUCUGGGAUCCUAAUACAGGAAAUAACAUGACUAGCAUUGAACCAGAUGGUGGUGCUAUAAACGAUGUCUGCAUCUUCCGGAAUAGUGGUUUAAUGCUAUUAGCCCUGGACAAUAGCCAGAUACCUGCCCACUUCAUUCCUGCACUUGGACCUGCUCCAAAGUGGUGCUCACAUCUUGAUAACCUAACUGAGGAGAUGGAAGAGAAACCAGAUACAACACUGUUUGAUGAGUACAAGUUCUUGACUAAAGAAGAGAUGGAGCGACUGAACCUUACUCAAUACAUUGGCAGCAGUGCUGUAAGAGCAUAUUUACAUGGAUUUGUCGUACGUUAUGAACUAUACAAGAAGCAACGGGCAGAAGUUGCUCCUGUUGAGUACGAGACAAUUAAAGAAGAGAUAAAGAAAAAGAAAAUAGAAGCUCAGAGAAAAUCUCGUAUAACGCAAGUCGUCAAAAUACCGAAGGUUAACAGGCAUAUUAUGGACAGUAUAAUGGAAGAUGAAAUAGAUCUUGAUACGGAGAAUGUUGAUAAAUCAAGUAUUAAGAAGAAGAAAAGAAAACUAGAACUCAAUAAGGCGAUUUUGCAUGAUAAACGGUUCGAAGAAAUGUUUGUGAAUAAGGAUUUUGAAAUUGAUGAAGAAUCAAAAGAAUAUCUUGCACUUCAUCCUCAAGCAGCUACAAAGGAGCCUCGCCUAAUUGAAGAACAUUUUGAUAGUGUUAGUGAGGAUGAUCAACAAUCUGAUGGUAAUGCAUCUGAUGCUUCAGCAGAACCUGACAGUGAUGAUGGCAUGCAUAAUUCAAAGCGUAUAAGGUUAUACGAGGUCAAGGAUGAACACCAUGCUGAAGCAUUUGUGAAUAGUGUCUCUUUAUCUAACGAGGAUGCUGUUCCCCUUGGGGAUAGGAUAGCUACCCUGGAAAGGAAACAGAACUCGAAAGCACUUGAUGCGGUCAAGUAUGGACCUGGUGGCUCACGGGAGAUUUCAUUUAUCUCUAAAAGCCGAAGAAGGCACAAAGAAGAAUUGUCUAGCGACGAUGAACCCAAGGGUGUCAAAAAGAGAGGUGUACAGCCCCUGGGUUUGAAGCAGGGAAAAGCCGAGUUCUAUAUGUUUGGUGGAAAUCGUGGCAGAGUCUCCCCUGUAACUCUGCAACGAAUGCUGACCUGGAGCUGCAUAAAGCAGAGCUGCAGAGGGAAACAGGAGUGGGUCCACACUGACGCCGCCACCGCUGCCGCCGUGAUGCUGUCCCUGUCGAUGGCGCUCGGGAGGCGGCUCUUCUCAUCUGCCGCUGCCGCGUCGGAGUCCGCCGCUGCUGCGUCGACGUCGGCAGUCAGGAAGGCGCAGAACCCGCUCGAGGAGUUCUUCGAGGUCGAGCGGAGUACCGAGGAGGACAAGCCCCCUCCCCACUACGGUCGCAGUUGGAAGGCUUCUGAAUUGCGUCUAAAAUCUUGGGAUGACCUUCAGAAGCUGUGGUAUGUUCUUCUAAAAGAAAAGAACAUGCUAAUGACACAGCGUCAGAUGCUGCAUUCAGAGAGCAUGCGGUUUCCAAAUCCAGAACGAAUUUCCAAGAAUCAUUUUGAUGUCAUGUCUAACAAUAGUUAA